AUUCGUGUUGUUUCAACAAUUAUAUUUGAUGUAAAAUUUCUCAAACUGCAGACAACUAAAUAUACAGCAUUAUGUACACGCUCCUCAGUGGAUUCUACAAAUAUCUCACACAAAAGGAUGAAUACUGCAUACUAAUCCUAGGACUGGACAACGCUGGAAAAACGACCUAUCUGGAGGCAGCGAAAACCAAAUUCACGAAAAACUACCGUGGAAUGAAUCCGAGCAAAAUCACCACCACAGUUGGAUUGAACAUCGGGCAGAUUGAUAUCCAGGGAGUUCGGUUAAGUUUUUGGGACUUGGGAGGCCAGCAGGAACUGCAAUCGCUCUGGGACAAAUAUUAUUCCGAGUCCCACGCCAUUAUCUACGUGGUGGAUUCGAACGAUAGGGAUCGGAUGCAUGAAUCGAAGGACGUUUUCGAUAGGAUGAUUGGAAAUGAGUACCUAUCCGGUGUUCCGCUGCUCGUGUUGGCCAACAAGCAAGAUCUGCCUGAUUGCAUGGGCGUGAGAGAAAUUAAACCGGUGUUCCAGGAGGCAGGUCAUCUGAUUGGGAGGAGAGAUUGCUUGGUUAUGCCAGUAUCGGCGCUGACGGGGGAAGGUGUUGACGAAGGAAUCAAAUGGUUAGUGGAAUCUAUCAAGCGCAAUUCUUUUGCUCGCCCCCCGAAGAUGGAGGAUACCUGAUAAGUUCGACUUGAGCAUAACAUGAGUGCAAUUUUGUUCUUUCGCGUUGAUUUCACGUAAUUUAUUCCAAUUCAAGUGUACCGCCAUUUAAGACGAGAAAAAAAACGGUUCAACACAGA